UUUUUUUGUAUGUGUGUGUGUCUUCGUUUUGCUUGCCGUGUGAAGAAAAAAAAAAAAGAAAUUGUGAAAAACUUUUUUUUUUGCAAACAUUUUACUAUUAUACGGUUUGCAAAAAUAGUUUGAUGAAAAGUUUCCAGUGAUUUAAUUAUAAAAGCAGCUAAAUAAAAAACAAAUACUUAAGAAUUAUCGAUUUACAGAUUGUAUUAUUUUUAACAUUGAUUGCAAAUAUUUUGGAAAAUUAUUCGAUUGUUGGAAAAAGGGAAAAAUUAAACUACAAAAAUGCUUAUAAAUCUAAAAGUGAAAACUUUAGAUGCUCAAACCCAUGAGUUUAGCAUCGAUAAUGAGAUUACGGUGCGUGAAUUCAAGGAUAAAGUUGCAGAAAAGACAAAUAUUGCUGCCGAUCAGCAGCGUAUUAUUUAUUGUGGACGUGUUAUGGUCGAUGACAAACAACUCAAGGAAUAUGAUGUUGAUGGAAAAGUUGUUCAUGUUGCCGAAAGACCACCGCCCUCUCAGCGUCUUCCAGCAACUGAUUCAUCUAGUUCUAAUGCAAAUCCACCGAAUGAACGUCGGACUCGUGCCAGACCCGUUAACAUGCGUAAUUCGCCAUUAUUUCGUGCACUAGAUGGUAUGGUUGUGGGUACUAUGGCUUUUCCCAUGAAUGCUAAUGCCAAUGGCCAAGCUGCAGUCAAUCCAUUUGCAGCUUCAUCGUCAUUUUGCAUGAAUCGCAUAACUGUGGCCCGUCACAUGUUGGAAUGUGCCAAUAAUAUCGCCGCCUAUUUAGAAGAUCCAACCAGGGGUUUAAACAAUCAAUCGCUUGAUAUUUUGGCACGCGGUCGUUGGACCAUGGAAUCUACAGUUGUCGAAGUGGGCAUUACAUCGGACAUACCACAAAGUCAGCAAAUCGUUGAAAUGGUACAAGGUGCUGUACAGGCCGCUUUGAGGCGGAGUGGCAAUACUAAUGUUACUUUAGUGCAAUUGCCUACCGUUUACAGUACAAACGAAAACGAGGCAAACAGUGCUGCUGCUGCAGCUCUUACUGCUGCUGCUGGAGCUUCGGCUUCGGCUACGGAUGCUGAAGCUGAAACUACUGCAGCAGCUGAAGUCGAUAAUGCAUCUACAGCUGCGGCCGCAGUUGUAAUUGAAGAUGUUAUCGAUGAGGAUGAAGACACUCCAACCAAUGAACCGAGUGAUAACAAUUCAGCCACAGCAUCUCCAAGUGUAGCUGCUACAGCGGCUAUUGAUAACAAUGAUAAUGCUGCUGCCGCCAGCAACACUGAAGACGGUAAUGACAAUUCUAGACGUCGUACUGGCACACCCGUGUUGGCUGGUGUUAUUGAACAAAUGCGCAAUGUUCAAAAUCGUCUUAAUCCAUUCAUAGAACAAUACUAUGAUUUAUUACAAAAUGAACCAAGCUUUGAGGAAGAUGACACCACAGGUCGCGAAAAUGCCCAACGUUUGUUCGAUCGUGUAUCUGAAGCAUUCCAUUACAUGUCACAUGCUCAGCAUGCCAUUUCAGAUUUAAUGUUGGAUGUUUCACAGGGCGCACCCAGAUAUUUAACUUGUCGUCCGAUUUUAGUUGAACAAAGCGGUUAUGUUAGCUCAAAUAAUUUCCUAACACCUGCUAUGAUACCAGCAGGCUUACGCCAACAGCAAACGCGUAACACAACGAAUGGAAAUGGAAAUGCAGCUGCGGCGGCAGCAACUAUAGCUGCAUCUACUGCAUCUACUACCACCACUAACACCAGCAAUAACGCUGCAGCUCGUAGUGAUUCUAUAUCUGGUUCUUCGACUUCCUCUGGUGAUGCUAACAACUCCACAGUUGAUGAUCCCAUUGAUGAUCCCGUCGUUUGGCAACCCGCAAUUAAUUCGGUGCAAUUCGGUACUCCACCUGCAAAUGAUAACACAAAUACAAAUGCUUCUAAUAACAAUGCCACCGCCGCCGCUGCUGGCAGGGUCCCAGCUCAAGGAGGUGGUGGUACCCUUGAAAUUAUACUACAACCUAGCCGUGCCAUGUAUUUAGAGCGCAAUUUCCAACGUCAAGUCGCACGUUUAUUGCAAGAUGUAGUCAGUGCAGCUCCAUUCGAUACUGAAUUUCAUGUUCACAUCAAUACUCCAAAUAUUGUGUCAAUUGAUGUGCCCAUUGGUGUUAGCGGUAGUAGUAGUGGUGGUGGUGGUACUCAAGCCUCUCAAACAGCCAAUUCAACUUUGAAUAAUAAUGAUAACAAUGCAACAACAACCACUUCAACAGCAACAGCAACAACUACAACAAAUGAUAAUACAAACACUAAUACUACAACAAAUUCAUCCUCCUCUUCAACAGCAAAUCCUGCACGUGUAACUACAGCCACUUUGCCAACCACAUCAACCCAAACACGUUCAACAUCACGUCCCCAAGUACACUUUGGUAACAUACCGGUACUGGGCAUGCCAACUGGUUGGAAUGGUCGUGUCCUACCCAGCAAUAAUGUGUCAUCGUUCGAUAGGUUCUUACCCUGUAACAGCCAUCAUAUACGCGAGCCUGAAACGGCUAGCAAUGCCGCUAAUGACAAUGGUUCCAAUAAUGCCGCUGCUGCACCUGGUCCAGCAAACCGCAGUAAUCCAGCUAUGGCAAAUAUUGUUACACGACGUCCAUUAUUGCGCACUAUGAAUGAUAUUUAUCAACGGAUGCGUCCGCCUUCAUCUCGUAUAGUAGGUUCAACAAUGACAAGUACACCACGAUCGGCAGCAAAUAACUCUGCAUCAGCUUCAGCUUCUGCUGCUGCAUCUGCCACAGCAUCGGUACGUCCACCUAUAUUGCCGCCCUUCAUGGUGAUGCGCGAUUUGUGGGCUGGCUUUGGUGGAGCUGCUGCCUCGUCUGGAAAUGCAUCAUCUUCGGCAACAGGCGCUGCGGGAACCGGCUCAAAUCAGGAUACCCAAAGGCUCAACAUACACUCCCAACUGAUGAACUGUUUAAACAAUCACAUUUUCGAAGGCCAACCCAUUAACGAUGACACCAUACCUCCGGCCAUAAAUCGUGCAAUACAAUGGUUUGGUGAGUCCUUAUUGUAUUUGCCGCAAUACGAGAAGCCCGAAUACGAUUCAAGGGAUUCACUCUUCAAUAUUUUGAGAAGUACUUUGCCUGCAGUUAUUGAACUCUUUAAGAGAAAUCCCGUCAAUUUAAAGGACUUUGAACAGAAACUUAAGCAAAUUUGUGAACAAUUUCGCAAACGUUUGUACAGUGUUUUAUAUAUUUGUAUUGGGCGGGCAAAUGCUGAAAUAUUCUGGGUACAAUUAAUGCGUUUAUUGUGUAAUUCCAUUCAAACUAAUUUACAAGGUGAUGUUGUCGAAUUCUUAGCCCUUUAUUUAACCCCGGCCAUACCCAGUGCUACCGAUGAAGCCGAUGCUCAACAAUUUAUUGUGCAACGCAAUGCUGCAGCAGACAUUGCCAACAAUGUGCAAAUGACAUUUGUCUCACCGCCCGCUUACUUUCAUUCUCAGCCAAUGGAUACAGAUGUUGAAAUGUCUGAAGCUGCUACCACAUCACAGCCAGAAGUUGAUGAUGAACCGCUGCCCUCAGUUGUGUCUGGCUCUGCAACUUGGCAUCGUCAUUUCCCCAACGAUUGGCUACCAAUUAUAACUCGUGAUAUGCAAAGGCAAACAGAUAAUCCUCCCGAUCAACCACCCUUUUCGGAUGCUUACAUAUCAGGUAUGUCGUCGAAACGAAGAAAGCUGGUACAAAAUUCGAAACCACCAACAGAAAUUGGUGCCCUCAUAGCUGACAGUGUUAGAAAAGCCAUACAAAAUCCCGGACUUGGUACAUCAGCAGCCUCCAAUCAAACACACACACCCGAAGACGUAUCCCGAGCAAUUGCUAGUGAUGCAGCAGUGCAAUCAUCAUGUAUAGAUGCCGUACGCACGAAUGUACGAGAACGCCUUAAGAAGGAUCCCGACUUUGAAGCCGACAAGUUUCCCAAAUCUAACAAGUUUAUAAAAAAAUAAGAAUAAGAAAAAAAAUACUAACACUCCUACACACACCCACACCCACACAUACACAUCUCCAUGUAAAUGGAAAUUUUUCAACAGACUCUAAAGGCACCUGCGCUUUUAUUUAAAAACUGAAUACGUACGAAUGAGAAACAAAAGUGUUGCACUACAAAUGAUUAAUGUUAAAUGAGAAAACCCAAUAAAACUAAUAACAAGGUGUCUUUAUAUUCUUUCUUAAAUCUAGGGGCUAAUAUAAGGUAUACUACUGAUUAAAAAUAAAAACAAAAAAAAAUUAUUUGUGUUAUAUAUUUAAAAAAUGCUAACAAUGAGAAAAUAAAAAUCAAGUUUUUUAAAUUUUUAUUAUUUAUCCUUA